AUGGCUCGUCCUGCCCCGAAUGCCAAUGGUCUUCCUUUCACUCAAGCCCUGAUCUCGUCCAUGAUCAUCGACGAGCUACCAGCAGACAGAGGUGUUCCACCCGCUGCGGAUAUGCAUAAUUGGGCAGUUGGUACAUAUAAGCGAAUCGACCAGGCGAUCAAUGUAUCGAAGCUCGUCUUUCGAAUCGAGCAAGAAUGGCUUCAGAAUCUGAUUCGGAACCAAGCCGAUAACAAUGCCAAAGCUCGUCUGGACGCAAUGGUCGUUUUGCAAGGGAUCGCGAAAGACCUGGCCGAGCUUACGACACUCAAGGCACGCCUCCGCCUCUGGGAGCUUUUUCGGGAAGAAAACCCGCCUGUUGCCGCCGCUGGCUUCCGUCGCUCUCAGUCUUGA